UACUGGUGGAGCACGCUGGCAUCUGGCACAUCCUGAAGAAGCUGUACACUGGUGGCCCCUUCUCCACCUGUUCAUUCCCUUGGAUUUGGGAGGCACACUUCUGCAAAGCCAGACCCAGUGACUGUACUGUGUUGUGGCCAGCAAGGUGGGAAGCCACAGAGCCAGGGCAACAUGUCCAACAACAUGGCCAAGAUCGCAGAUGCCAGAAAAACCGUUGAACAGCUAAAGUUGGAGGUUAAUAUUGAAAGAAUGAUGGUGUCCAAAGCUGCAGCAGAGCUGAUGGCAUACUGUGAGGCCCAUGCCAAAGAGGAUCCACUGGUGGCCCCUGUCCCCUCCUCAGAAAAUCCCUUCAGAGAGAAGAAAAUAUUCUGUGCCAUCAUCUAAGCCCCGUUGCCCUGAAUCACCCACAAGAGGCCCAGAGGGACUAUCGGUGGGAGAUGCCAUGGCGAGUGAAACCAGAUACCUGUGGAAGUGGCAGUUGAGUGUGUCAUGUUGUUAUCAUGGAAAAUGGUCCUAUUCACUCCCACAUGUCCCAUGUGUUUUGCUACAUUUUAACUGGAAAACUGAAGGUGGUGAAUUCACAUAUUAACAACAGUUUAGGACAAUCUUGACAUGGAGUCACCUAGAGAGGAAGUGUGUGACCUUAGGAUCCAUUAAAGUGACUGAA